CCUUAACAGAAAUCAUGGCAUCUGUUUCACUCCCCAGCCCAUCGUGGCUGCUUGGAGCUUGUCCUGUUCCUGACGCUAUGGCAACGGUCCCUACCCGUUUUUCAUCUGUUUUGGUAAUCCCCAGGGGUGGGGUCGCGAUCUAGGUCCGAAUCGCUAUUGCGACAGCGGCCGCAGGGGUAUUGAGCCUGCAGCGACGACAGCCCUGUCCUUGACAGCGACAUUUGUCAUCUAAUCUUCUACGAACCACUCUCGAAACUCUCUUAGAAAUAUUACAAUAGAUAGCCAUAGUCCAGAACCAUGUCCUUCAAUAUACUAGCCGCGGAGCUUCUGCUCCAUAUAUUCCGCUCUUGCGAAAGUGUCACCGAUGUCAUAAACCUUGCCUCCACGUGCCGUCGAUUGCACACUGUUUUCCACCGAUCCAAUAAACUACAGAUCCUCUACAAUGUCGCGGAGCUCGAGUUUGGCCCGCUAGAUGAUAUCAUCCAAAUUGUGACUCAGAAUACCAGCCAGGCAGCGCACGUGUCGCGCACCGCACCUCUGACCGACCCCCUUCUCCGACAGAUCAUACAUAUCGGGUGCGUGGCCCAGAAAUGGGAGGCCAUAUACCCUCUCAAAAAAUGGAAGCUGGAUUUCGAGAAUCGCCGGACGCUCUCCGACGAGGAGCGAUUCCGGCUCCGGCGCGCGAUCUACCGUCUGUGGCUGUAUCAUCGCGCCUUUCACACGCACGACCACAGCCGGUUCACUCGCACCCUGCCCCAUAUCGUCAGCGAACGCGCGCAGCUGCUGCACAACUGGUCCACCGCUGACUUGGCCGAGAUCGAGGAUGUGCGCGCGAUCAUCGGGGAUGUCGUGCAGAACCACAUCUGCCCCAGCAACGGGACCAUCCAGCGUAAAUUUAAGAAACGACACCCCGAGAGCACCCACCAGUUGAUGUUCAACAUUCAUCUCAACUACCCGACGGCGGCGGCAGCGGCGCCCGAAUAUCCCAAGGGCCCCCAGAGUUUGUUCGCAAAGCCUUCCGAUCCGGUGGCUGAGCGGUACUUCCACACUACUCAUCCGAGCAACUUCGAAUCUUCGGCCAAGUACAAAUCUCGCUUCCGGAACGAUUUGUUCCACGACCCCGGGUUUGAAGGGUGGGGGGAUGAGAUCCCGCACUACUACGUCGUGCAGGAUAUGAUGAAGCUUGAUCCGGGUCAGGUGCUGUGGCUGCGGGAUCACGCCCUGCUCAAGGAACAGGUCGAGGCCUAUGUGCGGGACAUGGGCGACUGGUUCCGGGAUAAUGGGGAGACAUUCGGGGACACCCUGGAGUGGGUGAUGAAGGAGCGAGGCGAGGAUAUUGGGGAGUUUCGCGCCGCCAUCGCCGAUCGUGGGAUUGGGGUCGUCUGGGAUUAGCAACGGUGCUGUCUGGCUGCCGAAUCCAUAGACUAGUAUUGUAUGUGUCUUGUCAUCUACAGUCGAAUAUAUGCCCCAAGGUUGGUAAACGGCUUCCUCGUAUGCAGCUUCCCCGAGACAGCACCCUUCCAGCCGAGCCAAGCCAAGCAAAGACCAUGUAGCAUCUACGCAUCCCUGGACCUUCCAGCACGAAUCUAUCUAGACCAUAUAUGACACCAUAAGGUAUUGGCGACCCUUCUUCCAGCCCAUAGCCAAAGGGUGAAAUCAGUCCUAAGAACGCAAAAACAUCCCAACAUCGGCUAAUCAUCAGCCAUCUACUGUACAUUAAUCUCAUAUCCCUAACUCUAAACCCCAGAUCCUG